UACACCAGAUUGAGAGAGACACAGAGAAAUAUUCGGUUCUUAAAACAAACAAAAAUUUAUGUCAAAUUAUAGGGUUGAAGGUUUGGUUUAACUUAUUUUGAAAUAUGCGUGAGAUAUAUGCCCCGUAUUCAGAUAAAGAAAUGAGCCGCCAACAUCAGCGGCACCACCAGACGCAGCAGCAGCAGCAGUUGCAGCAACAACAGCAGCAGCAGCAGCUGACGGUGCAACAGCAGCAGCAGCAACAGCUGCUGAUGGCCGAACAUGCGGCGGCUGCCGAGGCCGCGGAGCUGUUCGAUCUGCUCUGCGUGGCCACGACAAUGCGCCAGAUCCUGGCCCUCCAUCGGGCCAUGUGCGAGGCGGUGGGUCUGCGGCCGUCGCCCCUCAACGACUACUACCCCAAGCUGAAGGCGAAGGUGCGCUCGUGGAAGGCCGCGGCGCUGUGGAAGAAGUUCGAUGCACGGGCCGCCCAUCGGGUGUACGGCAAGGGCACCGCCUGCACGGGAAUUCGAAUUUGAAUUUCUUUUGCUUUGUUUACGGGUUUAUUUGCGUCCCCUGACCCAUCGUCGCCGUCCGCUUCUUCGUCAUCUCAUUAGCGUGUGUGGCCUUUUGCAUUUAUCAUGAGUGUUUUAUUCUCUCAGCUCUGAUUCAAUUAAUUGAAGAAUAAUGUUCCAUGCGAAAUCUCUGUUGUCAUUCCGAAAUCUGAAAGCGAAACAGAAACAUAUGUGUAUGUAUAUGCAUAAAUAUGUAAAUUGUACAUAUGUACAAUGUGCAGCAGAAAGAAAGCAAAACCAAGAAAAAAUCAGAGUAAUAUGAUGACAAAGACUAAAGUUGAAUGAAAAAUCUUUUUGUUUUGUGAGAAAGACAUGCAGAGAGCAAAAGGAUGUAAUUUAAAGAGAGUGAGCGAAAGAGAGAUAGAGAUCUGACAAUAAAUGAGUGGG